CCCCGGCACUCCUCCUCCUCUCAGAAGCGUCCUGCCUCGCGGAGGAGCAGCUCAGCUCAGAGAGGAGCAGAUAGAGAUGAACAUCUCCGAGCCUCUCCUGUCCAGAAAUGUGCGCAUACUGGAGAAGAAGUCUUGUCGCUCUCUGAAGCCUUUAGAUACAACACAACACUUUCACCACUGCAUGCUGGCAUCGGAAGCUUUAAACGAAGGAUAAACUGAACUAAUCCCAACACUUGGUGAGAAAACAGCCACUGACUGAAUGUGUGCUUCUGGAUAGUCCUUUUCUCUCUCUCCGAACUUGUGGGCAGCUAAACAGCGGAGACUUGGAUGAAACCAGCUGUUUAUAAGAGGCCUGUCAGCAGAACAAUAGCUGCCAUAACCACAUGCAGAGGGAAGGCUACCUCUGCUAAGCUAAGCGCCAAAGCCAAACACAGGACACAGCAAGGAGAAGCCAAAACACAGGAAGCAAGGCCAAGCUGACUAAUCAUCCAAGGUGUCAAGGCGGUACCUAUUCGAUGUCCUCUCCUCCCACAGUGUGAUGCGUCAUGGCUCCGGUGCUGAGUGGCGUGUGGUGGGGACCGGAGGCUGGUGUCCUCGGGUCAGGAGCGGCAGCUGCCACUGGCGUGGCGUCGUGGCUGGGCAGUGGGCAGCUGGUCCUUGCCGUCACCCUCAGCACCCUCACUGCCCUGCUGCUGCUCUCCGUACUGCUGCUUCUGUGUGCUAGCUGCAAGGGGCAGAAGAAGGCUGCUAAUGCACAUCCAUCAGGAGACCAUGAAAACCUCAUGAACGGAGUGUCGGAGAGGGAGACCAUCAGCCAAUCAGCAGACAGUCCUGCCACUGACGGGGCGGUCAGCACCUCUCACAAUGGUCCUCUAACCAGCGGUACAAUCCUCACAGACACACAGGACACCAGUCCCCAGCCGUCAGAGGAACUGCUCUCCAGCCAAUCAGAGCUCAGGUCCUCCAAGUGUCCUCAGGAUCGUGAGCUUCCCAGCAUCCCUCCCAACAACGCCCUUAUCGGGGACGGACCCCCAGCCUCAGGGGACAGCACCUAUGAGGUGGUGAAGGAGAUGGUGUCUGCAUCACGGGAUGUCAGCGUUGAAGACUCCCUGUACGAGACGGUCAAGGAACUCAAAGACCAGCCAACACAGCUUGGCCUCCCCAACGGUACCCUCCAGCUGAGCCCCGAUGACCCUCCUCCUCCUCCUCAUCCCCCUACCCUUCUCAAUGGCCACCUCAGCCCCAGCACACCUGAGCGGGGGCCCCUGUGUGCAGGGGUUGAGUACGCCUCAGUUGACCUGAAUAAGAAGAGCCGCCACAGCGCUGACAUGGAGGCCAGAAGGCGCUCGGAUAAUGCCAGUGUCCCCUCUCGUAAGCCUCUGGAGGAGCCAGAGGAGGACUUACCUCCGCCGGUACCAGAGAAGGUUCUGGAUGAAAAUGACAACCAACCGGUGAUGAUGAAUGGGCUGGCGGGGGCUGGGCUGCACAACGGAGAGUUACACUCCCCACUGUCUCCCGCACCGGGGUUCCACAACCACAUUCUGUCAGACAAUGAGGCAGCAGUGUACUCCACAGUCAACAAAACGAACUCUGACGAUGCCGUGAACGAGGAAGACAAAGAGCACGACUACAGCAGCAUCGCAGAGAUCAAAGGUCUCGUCCCCACCUCUUCCUCCAGUGACCUCUAUGCCACCGUCCGAGACUUCUACACCCAGCCCGAUGAGCUCAGUCCAGGGGAAGACCCCCUCUCUGACAGCACGGACCCCGGCUACGAAACCAUCCGCAUCCCUAAGACUGGCAGCUCAGAUGAUGAUCACAGGGUGGGGCUGGAGGCUGAGGGCUCAGAUGCUGCGAAAACAGAGCCUGAUUACGAGAGUGUUGGAGAGUUGGGUUUGAGUCGAGAGACAUCCCGCCUCUGAAUUCUUCCUUCAUCAUCUUCAUGGUGUUUAAGGACAUUCCCCCUUUCUCUUUUACAUCUUUCAGACAUCACUGUAGUGCUUUGAACCUGCAACCAAGCAUUCCUCUGAGGCAUGACUUGGGGAAAACCGCAGAAAAUAGCUCGACAUCGACGCAUGAGUGUCCUCUUUACAGCUUGGGUACGUUUGAUCAUAUCUGAACUUUUAAUUUAUCAACCAGUGGAAUCUCAGCGGUACUGGUACUAGAAAAUGAACUGUAGUACCCCAGUCAUUGGGCAUUGAUCAUGUGAAAGGGUGCACUUUGGAUUUGAAUCAAGCUUCUGCUUUGUUUAUUAAACAUACUGCGUAACACAGACGCAUUAAACAACACUUUAUUUUUAAAAAAAUGAAUAAAUGAUCGAAUAAAUAUCCAAUCACAGCACAUCUGCUAUAUUUUAAAGGUUAGAGAAGGAUGGUAUCAGUGUCUCAAAAAUUCAGUGCCAUAUAAUCAUGACAUUCAUGCACUUAUUGUACAUAGAAAGGUAACAAUGUUUCUGCAGCUACUACGCGUCAUGUUUUAUUGAGGUUCCAGAUGGUGUACGUAUUUCUACACUUUCAUUUUCAGUUCAGUAAUACCUCCACUGUGCUUUAAAUCCAUGUGAGGUUUCACAAAGUAAAAUAUAGCAUUUGUUAGAUUACACCAUCCACAAAUAUUGUGUUUUUGACUGAUAUAUACAAUCUCUUCUGUUGAGUAUUUACAGUAAACAUAUAUCUUGGUUAUGUGACAGGGCAGGUAUAUGACAUGAGUCAUAUGCAGAACCAAAAUGGAAACUAGAUUUCCGAGUGGGAAGAAAGCUUCACUCAAGCUUGCAGUUUCUCAAUACAUUCUGAACAAUAUGUCAAAUUCAUAUUUAUUUGAAAUACGUAGUGUUGUGUAAUUGUGGAAUAUUAUAAUGUAUGUGUGUGGAAAAAAGAAAGUAGGCUUUUAUAGAAGUUUCUAGCAUUUUUAUAAAGAUACAAAAUGAUAUUGAGUGGUGUGAUAAUGAUAGUAAAGGUACGCCUUCCUCUGACUUUUUUAUCCAUUGUUUAAAAAAAAUUGCAUAUAUGAGAACAUAUUUUUGGUCAUUUUGCACACAUUCAAAAGCAGCAUAUUGUGAACUGUUUUUGAGCGUCCUUUUGGUACAGCUAUAUAGCCUUCUGUUGGCAGAUGAUAUUGAAGCACAAGGUUCGAUAACAUGGUACUGCAUUUAUCAAAAGCAUUGUCACAAUCCAGUUAUGUCUCUGCACAGUUUGAAUAUAUAACGCUUUGUAAAUUACCAGUAGCACUCUGAGAAAAAAAAAACAUAUCCGUCUGUUUGUAGCUUGUACUGACGACAUGCCAACUGAGGCUUGUAUAUAUUAUUAGAGCACUAUUUUAACCAACUGUUACUCGCUGGAUGGUUUGUGUAUGCUUUGACUUAUUCGUACAAUGUCCAGAGUGGUAUAAUUUUAGAGGAAAUCUGUUAAAAGCACUGAUGUAUGUCUGCUUUGUUUUAAGGAUGUUGCUUUUCAUCGUGUGUUGCUACUCUGAAAAUAACUAAUCAAUCACAUGUCAGAAUUAUGGUACAAUGUUCUGGUACAUGCGAUUAAAGGAAGUGUGGUACUUUUAUUUAAGAAAAAAAUGAAUUAAUGCCUCAGUACUGUUGUUUGUUUUCAAAUGAAGAGCUGUCUUUGCUGUAAAUAUCUCUUUCACUGCUACAGUAUCUCCAGAAAUAUUGGUGUCAUCUGUUUCCUCCCACAUGAUAAUAUUACAGCACCACAGUAACUCCAGCCUUAGUUCAAGUUUCAUUAGACAUGCAGGAGCUUGUUGUCGCUUCAGACAAACAGUGAGCCUACGCUGACUGGUUUUAGAUUCAUAAAUUAUAUCAGACAUUUCAAAUGCUGUUACAUCUCCCAGCAACGCUAGUGGAAGAGGAUCUCAUUUGCAUCCAGUAGCAUUUUUUCAUAAGCCAAAAAGUACAAAUGAAACCCAGUAAAAAGUGUGUUCAUUCCUGCAAAGAAUUGAUGAUCAUUAUGUACACUCUCUGCCAAGUGAUGUGCCUGUGUGUCAGGGUGGUGCCAUUAUUUAAAUAUAAUGGUGCUCACAGAAUGCUUUAAAUGACCUCAAAGGAAAUUAACUGUCAAAGGGGGUGUUUUAGUGCCAAAUGUAAUCAGGACAACACACACACAAAGACAUGGUUAAUAAAUAGAUACUUACCCAAAAUUACAUAUUCUCUCUAGCUGUCUAUCUUGGUCACAUACACACACAAUUCCCUGCAGGGGGUGGGGUGUGGUAGAGGUUUGGAAAUGCACCCUUGCUACCUUUCUCUCCUGUAACGAGACCAUUUAUUCCCCACGCAACCAGCAGAUAACUCCAUGGUGACACCUGCCUUUGAUCACAGGGCAAAGCCUGUUUUAGAAGUUAUGGACACAUCUGUCUCCCUACUCUGUCCGCUUUUCCAUUCUCUGCAUGUAAAUAUUUUAUGACAUGAAUUGUUCUAUUAAAAUAUAUAUAUAAUAAA